AUGUCGAACUCUCAGAGUCACACUGCUUCCCAGGUCUUCUCUUCCGACACACGGUCCACCGUAGCCCGUCUCUCUAAGGCUGACACUCUGCUCAAAAGCCAGAUGACGACGAAUAGCUUUGUGACUACAGCCGAUAUGGUCGAGGAGGCUGUUAGCCAGGACGUGGAGCACCACACCUGGCUUUGCGCGACCGAGGAGUUUCUCGAGAAAUUCCUUGGUUGCCAACUCGGCGACGAGAAGGUCCGUGCGAUCCUCAAAAAGUUACCUCCCGAGGUGUAUACGAGUAAGGGUGGGUGGCAAGGCCUUCCUGCGGAGGCUGGCGGGCCAGAGAAACCAUACUACAAACCCCUGACCUUGAUCCUCAAUGCAAUCGUGGAGGCUGCACGGAACCUGGGCUUCAUCGGAGCAGAUGCGAUACAAUGUUGCUGGCUGGACCGACACUCAGUGGCGCCCAAGUCCAACACCAUGGACGCCAGCAAGAUUCGGCCAGACAUCUUGGACGCUAUCCUUGGUCCGGAUGGACCGGAUGUGGCAAAGGAGUUUAUGAAGUCGGCGUAUGAUGCGGAACGUGAACAACUGAAAGCGGAGGAGGGGGAAGAGACGGAUCUAAACCGCGCAACCAAGCGACCCCGCACCGAUACAGAGGAAAAUACGGCACCGCCUCCAACAGCUCACAUUGCCUCUUGGAUCAGAACUCUCCUCCCGGUCGAGGUGAAGCCGAAGGGCGGCGAUGUUUGGGACGUCGCCAAGCAGCUAUGCACCUACUUUCGCCAGAUUCUCCGCGAACAACACGACCGCCGCUUUGUGUUAGGGCUCAUCUUCCUUCACCGCUCUCUAUGCCUCUGGUACUGCGAUCGUUCAGGAAUCCUCGGGACAGCGACGUUGAUUGAUAUCGACGAGAAUCCCGAAUUACUCGUUCGCGUCAUUGCUAGUUUUGCAAUGAUGACUCCCGAACGACUUGGCUUCGAUCCCAAUAUGAAGCUCUCGGUGGAGGGACACCUUCCUUCCUUCAGCUACAAUAUGUCAUACGUCAACAUUCCCAAACUCAGAUCGCAGUUACAUUGGCGGAUUUUGAUUUCGGGCCAAUGGUACCAAACUGUUGAGGCUCUGAGCACUGCUCGCUCCGAGGUCAUGUGUGGCCGGGCGCCGGUCGUUUGGCGAGCAUUCCGCAUCGACGAUCCCAAUCGAGAGCUAGUUAUUAUCAAGCAAAGUUGGCGCCCACACAUGGGCGAAAAGAGCGAAGGCGAAAUCUACGAGCUACUGGGGGACUUCGGCAGGGGCGAACCCAGAGUCAUCUCCGAGGAUGUCGAAAGGUCCAACACACAGCUGCAUUUUCGCGGAAAGAUUGACAGAUUCGAGCCGGAUGGCACCCCCGCCUUCGACAACCACACCAAACGGCAACGUCCCUUGCCUGAACCGACUGACGAGAAUUGUCUGGUGCAUCGGACCUUCAAUCUCAAGUCGUUACGGAAGGUACCCGCCAAACCUCAUAAGUUCAUGGAACGCGUUCAGUGCCGGCUGGUUAUCCCUGUGAAUGGUCUGCCCCUCAAAAUGGCUGUGUCUUCGAAGGAUCUAUUGUCCGCAUUGGAGGGCAUUCUUGAAGAUUACGAGUACGCCUAUCUCAUGAAGGGCGUUUGCCAUCGCGAUUUGAGCAUCGGCAAUCUCGUUAUUCAAGUUGUAUCUGGCAAGCGGCGAGGACGCCUGAUUGAUUUCGACCACUCUAAAGUCCUCGACAGCUUCGUGCGAGAGAGGGCCUCGUCCCUUCGAGAGGAACUGAGCGAGGAGCUGGAUGAAUUCCACUUCCUGACCGCCCAUAAAAAGUGUCCGAAAGCCACAGACAAUCUUGCACUUCUCCUUCUCGACCUUGCACGCCGCGAAGGGGGGAAGAUUAGAGUUAUGGUGUACAACGCGGUAGCGGCGUACUGCACAUUGUGUUCAUCUCUCAAGCCGAACAGGGGUUCAGGGCCGGUGGCUCCAUCAGAACUGCUUCCAUGGUUAGACGACGACCCGGUACUUCCUCCUCGCUUUGAGAAACGAAAAGCAGUGCAUAGUUUCGUGACGGGAACUGAUGCGUUCAUUAGCCAUCGACUUCUGCGUGAUGGAGCCGAAACCCACAUAGCUAUCCACGACAUGGAGUCACUCCUAUGGGUCGUCUUGUACAUCUUCCUUACCCGUGAGGGCUUUGGAGGUAAACCGCGACCUGACCCUCGUGAUGACAUAUCCCACAUGGCGGCAGUUCGACGGUAUUGGCUCUUUGAGGCCUCCAAGCAUGAAAUCAAGGACAUCAAGUCCCAGUUGUUCUCGCUGGCUUACGGCAGUGACCCCCAACUCUUUGACACGGAAAUCCACCCAUUCGUCCACCCCAGUUUCAAACCCCUGGCCCCACUCGUUGAUGAUUGGUGGAACAUCCUCUGCAAGGCCUUCCAUCCGGAAGAUACUGAUCUCCUUUACAAGUAUUACCCUGUCGCAGCCUUCCGUCAGUCGGUGCGGAACCUCAAGGAUUCGCUUCCAGCCUCGGACCAUUCAGCUGCCGAAGGCCUCCUGGAUCAGCAAUUGAAGGCCAUGGCUAAACUCCGUGAACUUGCUGCUCGGCUCACCCGGGACGUAGAGGUCGAAUCAAGUUCCACCACUCCGCCUACUGCUAGUGCACAAUUGCCGGCGGCCCCUCUGGAUCAGACUCCCCCUGCGAAGAAGAAAGGAGUCGAGAAGUGGAACGUAGGUCAGCAGAGCACCGAUCCUCUACCUACCUUGGAAUUCAGCUAG